GACGUGUCUAUUCAUGCCUUCUGCCCAUUUCUUCACUGGAUUUGAAUAUUUUAAAUUCUCAAAGCUGGUGUGAGGUAAGCACACCUGCCUGAAGACAAGACCAUCGGGAUGGGGUUGCAGAAAACUCAUUGUUCAGUACAGCCCUUGAAUUUCUGAUAGCUCAAAGAGGGCAUCGUAGAGCCAGACUCCCUGCUGUCUCAAAAAAUCCCAUCCACAGCAUGCCCGGUGCAUGCUUCUCAGUGUGUAAAACAUGGAAGAUGUGGAAGACAAGAGGCUAGACCACAAGAAAUGGCCAAAAACAUUAUGAGAAUUGCUCAGUCCAAGUGUGCAGGGAAAUCCCGGCAGCCUGAGGGGGAUUUCACAUAGGACAUGGGUCUAGAGUUGGGGAGCCAGGCAGGCAGAGCUCCCAUCUCCCCUCCCACUCUCGUAGCAGGAGGCCAGCUCUGGGCCGGUCAGUUCUCUGGCACAUUUAGUCCUCUGGCACCUCAGAGGCACUGGUUCUGCUGGGCUUUUACCCGGGGCCAGGAUGAAAAGGAGCAGAGGGUCUCAGGCGAAGUGGCCCCGGCAAAGGGAGGAGCAGGUGCUGGGAUUACCUUUGAUCCCGUCUGGUGGCAGGAUUACGGCGGCAAUGAUGAUGUGGCCUCCAGCGUGCCUGGAACACUGGCACCUGCAGAAGAUCCAGUACCUAAACCUAAACUAAAUAUCGAGACGAGAAAGAAACCGAAUAACAGCUGUCAUCUGAAACUGUCGUGUGAGAUACCGGACCGGUCUGUAAACCAGUCUGUGAGCUACACCUGGUACGGGGACUCACAACCGUUUCCCACAGACGUCAACAGAGAUGUGCUUGAGAUCACCGUUAAUCCACAGAAUUUCUCUGGAAGUUACACCUGCCAAGUCAGCAAUGCUGUGAGCAAAAAGAAUCGCACAGUCUACUUCACUUCACCCUGUACUCUGGCCAGAUCCUCCGAAGUAGUCCGGACUACAGUGUGGCUACUGGUCAUGGUGCCCGUGGUUCCUUGCCUUCUGUGGACCUGAGAUGAGCUCUGCUAACUCGGGAGAUGGAAAGACGGCUGGGCCAUCCCUUCUUCGGCCAGACAGGAGCUCUGCUCACAAGUGAUGGCAUGAAGUGUGCUGCUGAGACACCUACAGGGACUUUCAAAUUAACUUUUAAAAAAUUAGAGUGAAGGGGUAGCUGGGUGGCUCAACUGGUUAAGCAUCAGACUGUUAGUUUCAGCUCAGGUCAUGAUCUCACAGUUUCUUGAGUUCAAGCCCCCACAUCGGGCUGGAAGUGUGGAGCCUCGUUGGAUCCUCACUCUCUCUGCCCCUCUCCCACUCACGUUGUCUCUACCUCUCUCAAAAUAAAUAAACUUAAAAAUAGU